CCCCCGGAGCCGGCGUGGAACGGAGCGUGCCGCCGCCGCACCCCAUCUCCUGACCGCGCGCAGUCGACGCCGACGACGCUCAGCUCGACGCCGCGACGCGUAGUGACGCUCGUACGGCGCGACAUGUGACAGUGCCCACGUGUGUGUGUGUGAGUGUGUGUGCUUGGCGUAGUGCGCCCUUUACUGCGGAUACAGUGCAGCGGAUUCAGAUUCGCUUCCUUUAUGAGGACUCCGGCCGGGAUUGCCACCCCUACCAGGAUACCGACGACGACCGCCCCAGCCCGUGCCAUGCGGCUGGCCCGGGUGGCCGCCGGAUAGAACGACGCCGUCGUCGCCAGGACCGCGAGCGGGUCCAGGCUCAGAUUCGCCAUCCGCAACACGCUCGCGCCCAGCGACGUAUACAAGAGGCGUUAUGCGUCGCGGGUGGCCGCUGCUGCCGCCGCUGCUGCUGCUGCCCGCGCUGCUGCUCGCCGUGUCGCAGGCCCCCAGGACGGCCGAGGCGCUGGCGGCGCGGCGGCGCGCCCGGAGCGCUCGCGGCCACGGCACCGGCACGGCGUCCUCGCCCUCCUUCGGCGCGUACGGCGCCUACAGCGGCGCCGCCAUCAACGUGGACGAGCUGGAGCUGCUCGCGCAGGUCGCUGACGCCCCGGCGGACGAUGGCAAGCUCACGUGCUUCACCUGCUCCAACGUGACGGACAACGACCAGUGCAACAGAUACGCCAUUGACCGGCCGUGUGAACCCGGCCUGUCUUUGUGUCGCACAGACCACGUCAUCGAGCGCGUGCCCAACUCGCGGGCGCGGAGCGUGCGCAUCUCCAAGUCCUGCGUCAGCGCCUCGGAGUGCUCCAGGGCGGCGGUGGGGUGCAGGGGCGUGGCCGGCGACUCCACGUACCUCAGGCUCUGCACCUCGUGCUGCGACUGGAGCUACUGCAACGAGCUGGCCCCGGCGGACACCUUGACGGCAGUGUUGGCCCUCUCGAGGAGUGGAGCUGGUCUCCCCCAACCCCAGCCUUGGCCUCUGGCGCCACUCCUACUAACAGUCUUGGCGGCUGUCUUCUAGUCACGAAGGCAAUCAGGCUAUUACCAAAGUGCUUUACAUGUGUGCGAGACCUUGUUUGGUCUGAAACCCUACAAUACUGAUGAAUAUUCUGAUGAUAAAUUCAGCACUCAAGUCAAUGUACAUUUAAUAAAUGUGCUUACCAAAAUUCAUGUUAUGUUCUAGAAAUGUAUUAUUUAAAUUGUGUACAAAAUGUAUAAAGGUAUUAAAGAUUUUUGUACUUGUGA